UUUAAGCUGCCAAAGCUCUUUGUUAUGACCACGUGUUAGCGAAUUGCCUAUUGGAAGCUGUAUUGGAAGCUUCAAACUCGGCGUCCUGGACAUCAGCAUUACUGCACAGUAUUGCUAUAAAUACCGCUUAGAUAAGGAAACGCAAAGAGCUGUCCCAAAACUUUGAACGUUGUCAUCUGAGGACUUUAGUUCGGCAGCGUGCACGGUAGCCUGCCACAGCCGAUUCUGCGGGAGAGCGACUGUGACUCACCGCAACGGAUAAGCGAUGAUGGACAUCGGGAGGCUGCAUUGCUUUGUGGUUGCUACGAAAGGCGGGGAUGUGCUGUACGAGCGCUUCUGGGAUCGCUUCACGGAGCUGGAGAAGGCGGAGAUCCGGGCUGCGUUCAGCACUGCUUCUGGCAAUGUACGGUUACAAUACGACGACCAGGACUUUAUUGCUCCAUACAAGACGGCACGAUUUGCCUUCAUCCCGUCUGCAGACACGGUGUUCUAUCUGAUGGGCUCGGGCGAGUAUGACGAGCUGGGACUGGUGGAGAUCCUGCGCGUCAUCAUCUCGGUGCUGAAGGACGUGCUGGGGAAGGCGCCGUCCGCGGCCCUGUUGCUGGACAAGUACGCACGGCUGUGCCUGGUGGUGGAUGAGGUCAUUAACGAGGGUCUGCUUGAAGCCGUGGACAAGGAAGCCAUUAAGAAGGGCAUCAAGGGCAAGGCUCCAUGGGAGUGAUUGCCGUGGACCACAUGGAGCGCAGUGGGUCCUUAUACUGGGUGGGCACGCAACUCGAGUGCUGGGCAUGCAAUGUAUGAAGCGAUGCACGGUAUCAGGUGUAGGCGGCUCAACUUGUCUGAAUCGAUUCACUUGAGUAUGUUAUAUAUAGGCACGUGCGCACACGCCAUGAACACAGGACGUUUCGAGCCUAUAUGUAAAGUGUAGGUGGUGGCCUGGGAUCCGUAUGCAUCCUGUUGCUGUGCGGAGCAGGUGAGGACGAAUGGGUGAGGGAGAAUUGCGGGUAGCCGAGUGCGUAAAUGCAGUACAGAUUUGUGCAACCCGGAGGCUUGAAGCAGAGGGGUGUGGAUGAGGCUGGCUUCAUGCAGGACCGCUUGUAUGUGGCAUUAGUAGGAUGCGUACGAUGCGAGAUAAUGAAUACCUCCACGGCUCCACCCCAAGGGCACGAACGUGUACGAUGUGAGCUCUGCACCAAGAACAGGCACGAGAUUUCAGUGUUAGGACAGCGCAUGGGGCUUAGGGAACAGUGGAGACGGGACGGGAGCGUUUAGGGGAGGUUUGACGCGAGCCCGGAGCCCGGAGGUUGGUGCUCAGGAUCUGUGGAGCGUGAGCCGGGAUGGGGUCAGGCGGAAUUUGUGCGAUCAAUUUAUAAUUUUUAGCACUGUAAAGCGGUUGAACU